CCUGUACUGUGUCCGCAGUCUCUGGUCAUCUCCUGUACUGUGUCCGCAGUCUCUGGUCAUCUCCUGUACUGUGUCCGCAGUCUCUCUGGUCAUCUCCAAUACUGUGUCUGCAGUCUCCGGUCAUCUCCUGUACUAUGUCCGCGGUCUCUGGUCAUCUCCUGUACUAUGUCCACACUCUCUGGUCAUCUCCUGUACUAUGUCCGCAGUCUCUGGUCAUUUCCUGUACUAUGUCUGCAGUCUCUGGUCAUCUCCUGUAGUACAUCUGCAGUCUCUGGUCACCUCCUGUACUAUGUCCACAGUCUCUGGUCAUCUCCUGUACUAUGUCUGCAGUCUCUGGUCAUCUCCUGUACUAUGUUUGCAGUCUCUGGUCAUCUCCUGUAUAUGUCCGCAGUCUCUGGUCAUCUCCUGUACUAUGUCUGCAGUCUCUGGUCAUCUCCUGUAGUACAUCCACAGUCUCUGGUCAUUUCC